AGGGCAGGAAAGAGCCAGCGAGUGUUGCCCCUAAUCUCGAGAGUACACGCAAAAUGCCCCAACUCACGGCCAGUAUGAACAUAAGCCCACGGCAAGAUGGAAGCCCACGUACGGAACCACAACCACCCAGCCUGGCUGCCACCGCCCCGGGGAGAUCUCUUACCCGCUCUUCCUCCUCCUCAUCUUCCGUCUCACGUUCCAGGUCAUCCUCAUCACGUCCAGGACGUUCAACCAGCCAAUCCCGAGAUAUUUUCCCUAAAGCCCGUUUUCCGCCGCCUCAGGCUGGACCUCCGGCAUUCACUUUCAUCAUAGGCGGGCGGCAGAUGGGACGACGCUGUCAGGGACGCCGCUUCCAGACGAGCUUUACUCCAACUCCGCCUCUUAAUUCCCUCCCACCUCGUGCCUACGCCCACAAGCUACCAGUCAUCGGGAGGGUCAGCAAACCUGUGCGCCGCUGGACGUGUUCCCAUUACUCGCUUCAUCUGCCUCUUUAAAAUCCAAGGACGAUGUAUGUGACGUUUAGAGAAAUGUGAACUCGCUGACAUCUCAUCAUUUGACUGCAUCUUAGCAACUACAGGGGAAAAUUCUAGAUGCUCUAUGCAAAUAAGGCAAGUAUUAUUUUGGGGAAAUUUUGAGUGAAUAACUCUGUGUUUUUACUCUAACUCUUCUGAUCAGUAGCAUUAAUUUUGAAUUCUCUCAUAGUUAUGUCAGCAUCUACUGCAAAUAGUACAAUAGAAAAUGAAACCGAAUAGAGUUGAAGAUUAUAUUUACUGUAUUUAAAGCAGGAUGAAUCUACAGACACUGCUAUACAAUCACCUUGUUUAUUAGGGUAUUUAUGUAUGUCAUUUUGUUCCAACCUUGUUGAACGUUUUUGUAAUGAUGUAGGCCUAUAAAAAUAAAUACAUUUUCUAAAUGUACUCGAAAUAUAUUUUUAUUUUCUAUAUAAACUACUGUUUAUAAUGGCAAAGAUUUAAAAUUGUACAAAUUUUCCC